CCCCCCCACCCCACGCGCGCUCCCGUUGCCAAACAAAAGGCGUUGACUGCGCGCGCGCCGCUGCACACCCGGCAGAGGGGGCGAGCGCUCGUCAGGGGGGGCGGACAACACCGGAGCCCGAGGUGACAGAAAGAAGCCAUGUUUCGCGAAAUGGAAGAUGAUCCCUUUUUCUCAGACCCUUUUCAUUCACAUCAGGAAAACCUUCGUCAGUUGAUGUCCAGUUUUCCUGUUCAAUUGGAUCAAGACCUCUUGGUAAAUUCCCCAGGUGGGAAACAUCAUCAUCAUCAUCAUCACCAUCGUGCUCAUGAAUGCCCAAAACCGAAAUGCCCAAAGGAGGCUCCAAAGCAGCCUAAUGUGGGUAGCUGCUCAGUGGAUCCAUUCAACCAGAUGAUGGAACAAAUGAGGAAAGACAUGCUUGAAAUGCAACGCAACAUAAAACAUGGUCCUUGCAGUACUGAUGACCAUACUUUAAACACCUCUACUGUAAUGAGUUAUGCAAAAGUGGGAAAUGAACCCCCCAAAGUGUUCCAGGCUUCCACUCAUGUACAUCGCGUUCCUGGUGGAAUUAGAGAGACGAGACGGGCAGUGAAAGACUCUGAAACUGGAAUUGAAAAGUUAUCGAUUGGCCAUCACAUUAAAGACCGUGCUCAUGUUGUUCAGAAAUUUAAAAACCAGAGAACAGGUGAUGAAGAAGUUGAUCAAGAAUUUAUCAACCUACAUGAAGAUGACGUGCAAAUCUUUGACCAAGAAUGGCAGGAAAAGGUGUCAAAGUAUCUGCCUCCUGGAACACACACAAUUGGUCUUCAAGAUGUUAAAAAAGCAAUGGAAGGACAAAGGUCAAAACAUGGAAGAAGGCAACCGGUUUGUCAAGUUGAUGUUCCUCCUUCUACUUGUGUGUGCCCUGACGGGAGUUCUCCUACUGGAUACAUGAAAUCAAGAAAUGGAAGAAUAUGAGUACUUUACCAAAACUACUUGGCUCGGGCAAUUAUUGUUCAGUACCAAGGCUGUGCUUUUGAGUGUUAGCUUAGUUCCUCUAGCAUACUUCAGUUCACCUCGAGCCUUAGGCUAUGUAGUUCCAUAACUUGCAUUUCAUUUUUGUCAUCAGCAACGUGUACCAAAUAAAAGAAAUGCAUUUUAUAGAUGUUAAAGGUUAAAUAUCUACUGAGUCAAGUUAGGCAUCCAAUAAAGUAGGCUUCAGACAUA